AUGUCCACAUGCAACCCAUUCCUUGAACUCCCAGAAGAACUUGGUUACGUGCAGUGUAGCUUUUGCACCACCAUUCUACUGGUGAGUGUACCAUGUAGCAGCCUGUUGAAGAUGGUCACUGUUAAGUGUGGUCACUGCACUGCUCUACUUUCUGUUAGCUUAGUUAGAGCAUCAUUUGUUCCUCUGCAACUACUUGCAUCCCUUGGAGCUGAUGAGGAUGAUAUAGUUCCUGCAUUAGUCCAUGACAGUAAAAAUGCAGGAGAGGAUGAACGCAUUCCUGCUACCACACUAGUCAAUAAACCUCCAGAGAAGAGGCAGAGAGCUCCAUCUGCUUACAACCACUUCAUCAAAGAGGAGAUAAAGCGGAUAAAAUCAAGGGAACCAAACAUUACUCAUAAAGAAGCAUUCAGCAUGGCUGCUAAAAAUUGGGCUCAAUUUCCUAGAUUUCAGCAAAAAGGAGGAGGUGAAAGUUGCAGCCGGGGAGAAGAUGGAAAAGAAGCUAAGGAUCAACAUGGAGAGGAUUCAUUUGCAGCAAACCUGAAUGAACACAAGUCAAACAUACAAAACUGA